GAUUCCUCUGCCACCUUCACUCGAGUAGAGCCGCUAAAGCGCUGCUGUUCACUGAGCGCAACAUGGAGUGAGCGAGUUUUAGCUUUACUUUCGCUGCUUGAGGACAUUUUGGCGGUAGAAAGUCAAUCGAUACUGAAGCACAACACGAUGUAGUGAAAUUACAGACGGUGGACUGUUUGAUUUCGUUCCUGCAAAGCAGAUCUAUCAAGUAUCGCGCUAGGGGAGAAGUAGACAGCGGCUGGACAAACAUGCUCUCGCCGUUCUUGGCGUAUUUGCUGUCGGUUCUGGUUCUGUGUCGGAUUGCGCGCUCCCAGUACUCAAGCGACCAGUGCAGCUGGAGGGGCAGUGGGCUGACCCAUGAGGGACACACCCGGGAUGUGGAACAGGUGUAUCUCCGCUGUGCCCAGGGGUUCCUGGAGUGGCUGUACCCCACAGGAGCCAUCAUCGUCAACCUGCGCCCUAACACGCUGUCCCCAGCGGCCUCUCUUCUUUCUGUUUGCAUCAAACCAACUAAAGAGUCCAGUGGAACCCACAUCUACCUGGACCGGCUGGGCAAACUGCGACUGCUCCUCCGUGAGGAAGAUCAGGCAGAGGGGAGAGUGCACUGUUUCAGCAUACAGGAUGGGUCGCUGUUCAUCGAGGCGGUGCCUCAAAGGGACAUCAGCCGGAAAAUCACAGCUUUCCAGUACGAGCUGGUCAACCACAGACCAGGAGCAGACCCACAUUCAUUAUCUGCACCCUGCCAACCCUGUACUGAUGGUGAACUCCUCCUGGCAGUUUGCACCAGUGACUUUGUGGCACGGGGUACUAUACUAGGCGUGACACAAGAGGACAAUCAGACGUCCGUCACUGUGUCCCUGAGUCGCCUUUACAGACAGAAGACACAAGUGUUUGUGUUAGGGGGUGGCCGGGCCAAACGCUGGACGGGCUUUGUGAAGAUGCCCAGCCAGUGCAGGGUUAAGCCCGGGGAGGGUGAGUUCCUUUUCACUGGGACUGUGCGCUUCGGGGAGGCCUGGCUCAGCUGUGCUCCAAGGUACAAGGACUUCCUUAGGGUGUAUCAGGACGCACAGCAGCAAGGGACAAACCCAUGUCACUUGGACACAGACUGAACUCUCUCCAGGAAACCACAUGGUCCACCCCGUCACGGAAAACUGUGACCCCUCGAGCAGCUGUCUGUCUCUUUUGCUCUGAGUGUGUGUGUGUCUGCGGACAGGAACGGUUAUAGAUCAGUAUAGACUGGAAUAUUGCCCUAAAAUCGUCUUGCAUGCUAUCCCAGAAAUCGCUGAGACAGACUCAUGCACUUAAAACAUCUUGCAAAGAAAACUAAAGUUGGACUUUUACUUAAUAAGCCAAUGCGGAUUUCUUCUGACAUGUCUUAAGACGUUUUCUGAUGUUUUGUUUUCCUUACGGUCACAAUGUAGCAGACCUUGCUGUUGAAUGUGUAAAAAUGUGAAAGAAAAUUCUAAAAUGGAAGUCCCAAAUGCUUUGUAAAAAGCUUGUUGUACAGUUUUGCAGUUGUUUCUAUGACAGAAAUACAUUGAAGAAAAAGCCUGCUUUUUUAAAAUUGAAGUGCAAUUCCUGCCUGUUUUUUGUCUUCAGGCUGUUCACUUGCAGAUGUGUCUUUCCAAGGAUUAAAACAAAUUUUUCUCUUUGGAACCAAA